AUGAAAAUGAAUAGACUUUGUGAUCUUCUCUGUUGAUACUCAUAUUCAAAGUGAUAGAUGAUCGCAUAAUGAAAUGCAGAUCAUCUGGAAUUAAAGUGAUUAAAUUGAACGAGCGUUAGAGUCCGUUAUGGACGUGACUUUUUUCAGAUGGAAGAACGGAUAUCAUGACUGAGGUUUUCUCUGAUUCUCAUUUUCAAACAGAUGGAUGAUGCCAAAGUAAAACGUAUUACCUGGAAUUGAAUUGAUAACAACAGACGUUCAUUAGUGUUAUUGUUGACUUGACGUUUUUUCAGAUGAAAAGGAAUAAAACAAAGUGAUUUUCUCUGCUAAAUAAUUAUGUUCAAAUACAUAGACAUCAUCUAACGCACAAUACUUAUCGCCGGGAAUUAAAUUCAUGAAAACGGACGAGCAUUAGUGUCAUUGUUGACUUGACAUUUCUUCAGAUGAAACGGAUCAAACUUGGUGAUUUUUCUCGGCUUCGUUCCUUUUCAAACAGACUCUUACCACUGAAUGAGAGAAGCGGAAUUAGGGAACCGAUUUCUGGAUUCUGCAGCCAUAUCGGCGUAGAAGGUAUAUGGUCAUCAUGGUCACUAUUAGAAGCAGGCGUUUUGAUGGAGGAAGCAAAGUUAGUCAUUGGUCGCUAUAAAAAGGUUUAAAGGUGGAAGCCAUAAAUGAGGAUUGCGAUAUUUUUUAGAGCAGCUCAUUCCCAAAGAAAAUCAGAAGCAAUGAACAUCGGGAAAGCAAGAAAACAAUGGCGUCGUCAGAAAGCCCUGUUAGAAGCUAACUCUCAUUUUAAACAGCUUCAUCAGAAGAGAAAGGCCGCUAUACUCAGGUUAUCGAACCAUCGAAUGGCCACUCCAGAAAGCGACGAUCUCGGUUACCAGGACGACUGGGAGGACGAGGAAGAAACAGACGUCGCCCACCAGCAACCUCCCGCCAUUCGUCGACCUCCAAGAGAGGAGGUCGAGGACGACUACGAGCCACGAGGUGACGCCAUGUUCGAUCUAACCCCACCUCAGGUGCGUCGUAAUCUGCCUCCAGCUCCAAAGCAACAGCAUCCCAGGCAAGGGAAGUUCACCACAAAGGUCGUGACCUUCUACCGCAAUGGCGACAAACAUUUCAAGGGCAUCACCCUUCCGGUCAGCAUCCGGAACUACUCCACCAUGGAUGUCCUCAAGCACUUCCUUACGGGGAAAGUGGCCCUGUCGUACGGCGUCCGCAAGAUCUACUCGCUCAGUGGCCUCGAGGUACAGGCCAUUGAAGACUUUGUCGACGGACGCGCGUAUGUCUGUUCCAGCGGAAAGUUCAGCGAUCGGACACCUUAUGGCCGGGCCGAUCACACCAACAGCUAUUGGUCGACGGAAAAACCGAUGAAAGGUGUCCGGGGUUCAGACAGGAACCUGAUAAUCAAUGAGUCGGACCCGACCAAUAAUGUGUUGAUAGAGGAAUUCCCUACCAGCCGUUUCGGGAAGUUCGCCCGGCGGCUCUCGGUAAACGCAGUGACACAGAACCCUUCUAUAGAACCACAGGUAGCACAGUGGGCCAAACCGAGGGUGAUACAGAUCGUUAGCAAUACACACCGGGCCAGCAGAGCCAAGAUCCUGAUCAAUCCAAAGACAUCUCAAACCUUCGAUGACGUUCUCAAGGACAUGAGCCAAGCAAUUAUGAUGCAUAACCCGCCUGUCAGGAAACUCUUUACUUGGAGGACAGAAGACGAGGUUCUUAGCUUUACCCAACUCUUUCGCGACUUCAAGGACCAAAGUAUGUUCAUUGCUUGCGGAUAUGAACCCUUGAAACGGACAUCGAACCUCGGCAGACAGCGGGACGAGGCCGACGAUCUCAACGCUUCUGCAGAUAGAAUAGUUAUGGACGACAUCAUUGAUGACUACCCUAAGCCUUCACAGCGAGGUCCAUCGAUGGCGAAGGUCGGAAGGUACGCGAUGAUGUACCAGGAUUGGAAGCGGUUUAAGGAUAAAAGAUGGAAGAAAGAGGAAGAAACUGUUCAACCUGCUUAUCCUGCAAGGUCUAUGAUACCCGUCCGUUCCAGGGAACCUCCCCUACCGCCGAUGAAACCCCGGAAGGCAUUCCUCAGCAACAGCCAGGACAGCGCCACCACCGACGAGAGUUUAGAACUGAUGGACUUCGAAGAAGAGACGGGAAAGCCUGCCCGAGGUGUCCGCAUCAUGGAAGGCCGAAUGCCGUACAACCUCAGGGAGAGUAAACAGAGGUUGCUUGAUAAAAGGAUACAGAUACAGAACUCUCCUGAUCUGAGCCAAUCCGAAGAUCAAGUCGAAGAGGAUCACCAGGGAUCGAGCAAGAACACCAAGCCUCAAGGAGCUAGACGAAAAGAGAAGAAACACACGAAACAACAGCACCAGCCCAAGAAGUUCCUACCCGCUCCGAUGAGCGUAGAGGUACACGGUCAACUCCGAGAAUUCCUACCACCUUCAGAAGAACCCAAGAAGCAACCCGACUCCCCGCCCAAAAAGAAACUCAAGCUAGAGUGGGUCUAUGGCUACCGAGGAUUUGACAUGCGUAAUAACCUCUAUGUCCUCCCGUCUGGUGAGCUGCUCUACACAGUAGGAGCGGUGGCUAUCUUGUACGACAGGGAUCUAGAUGAACAGAGACAUUAUCUGGGCCACAAUGAAGAUAUUCAAAGUAUUGCCGUUCAUCCCAGUGGCACUUACAUAGCAACAGGUCAGAAGGCGGGACAACUUCCUGAUUCUACGCCGUCAGAUGUCGCUGCGUGUCAUUGUGCACAUGUGAGAGUGUGGGAGGUUCAGUCUCUCUGCACACACGCCAUCCUUGGUCUCGAAUUCUUCUCAGAAGGUAUCGCUUGUCUCAGCUUCUCAAAUGAGAACGAUGGAGAAUGGCUGAUGGCGGUCGAGCAGGGCAAUGAUCACGUGAUCAGUGUCUGGCAAUGGAAAGAAGAUUGCGUCUACUCAAAAUCAAGCGAUUACACAUUAUACGAUGCUGCAUCAAACCAGGCGAGUUCGGAUGCUGUCGUGUGUGGCGCCUUCCAUCCUUUUGAUGACACGACGAUGGUGAUAGCUGGAAGACAACAUCUCUACUUCUGGACCCUGACUGAUAAUCGACUGGUCAGGGAUAAGAGGAGUGGAACAUGGGAUGGUGAGAAGCCAGCGUAUGUGACGUGUAUCGAGUUUUCACACACAGGGGAUGUACUGACCGGAGACUCUAACGGCAGCAUUACGGUCUGGGAAAAAGAUACGGAUUUCACAUUCAAACUGCGCUACAUGGUCCAGCAUGCCCACGAGCGCAGUGUCUUUGCCCUCUGUAUGCUGGACGAUGGAACCCUGUUGUCUGGUGGCGGCCUGGAUAGGAGGUUGCUGGCUUGGGACUCUCACAGCGGUUACACAUCAUCUAAGGUCGAAAGAUUGUUUCCAGAAAAUGCUGGUGGUAUUAGGACCAUCGCUCCCCUGAAUCCCGGUAGUCCAGACGGUCUAAUUGCCAUAGGAACGACCCGGAACCACGUCAUGGAGGGGUCACUCCAGACUAAGUUCAAAUACGUGCUACAGGGUCACAGUGAAGAGCUUUGGUCGUUGGCGGCGCAUCCAACCAAACCUGUGUUUGCAACGGCAGGUUAUGAUCAACACGUCAUCAGCUGGAGGGCUGACGUCCACCGCUGUUCGUGGAAAGUCCAUGUUGAGAAAUGCUGCGUGUGUUGUGCGUUUAGCCAACCAUCUGGAAACGUGUUAGCUGUGGGUACGACGGGAGGACGCUUCAUGAUUCACAGUUCAGAAGAUGGUUUGCACAUCACUUCGGUACAGCUUGGCAAAGAACAGAUAGAUGUCAUCCAGUAUUCAUCAGACGGUUCUCUUCUUGCACUUGGAUCACAUGACCACUGUAUUCACAUCUUCUCUGUAAUGGAUGAGGGCCAUGUCUACAGGAAAUUAGGCGUUUUAGAGGGACACGGGAGUUUUAUCACUCACCUCGAUUGGUCGGACGAUGGCGCCUACCUGCAAAGCGUCUCGGGCAACUACGAUCUUCUAUUCUGGGAUAUUGAUAAUCUACAGCGCGUGAAGGCCGGUACAACGAGGGACGUGGAAUGGGAUACACAUAGCUGUAUACUUGGAUAUUCAGUAUUAGGUAUCUGGCCGGGUCAAGACAAAGGCACGGACGUGGACACUUUAGCUAGGUCCACCAAGAACAGGAUGCUAGUAGCAGGGAACAACAUUGGGGCUAUCUCGGCCUACAGGUACCCCUGUACCUCGUAUAAGGCUCGUUCGACUGACAUCAAACACCACAGUUCACACGUGACCGCCAUCGACUUCCUGUACAACGACCAUUACGUCAUCACGGCGGGUGGUCACGACGCAGUCAUCAUGCAGUUCACUCUGGUGGACAAGAUGGGUGAUAAGUUCGACAACCUUGCCGAUAGUUUAUGAUGACCAGGAUGACGCCAUGAAGGGGGUGGGGGAGGCACUGGUCAUCCACAAGCCUUUAAACCUUCUCUUAUCUUUUUGUGUAAAAAGGUAGAAGACUAUUUGCAAUUUGUGAAAGAUUAUACAGGCAAGUCGGGUUACAGCCGAUGAUGUCGGUGAUUUCGUACCCCAUGACGGUUUAGCGCAACGUCCCUGGAUCCGUAAGCACUUUUGUUACUUCCUUCGCCUCUCUGAACUGGCGUCCGCUUGCCACACGUGGAAUCUGCACAAAACAAUAGACACCGAUUGACGGAAGGAUUGCUUUGUGCAACACAGUGGCUUUGAAAAUUCAUCCAUUUCCGUUCUUGAUUUAUAAUUCCUUUAAACACCGGUACAGUUGGAAAAAAGAUAAAUUAUCUUGAAGCC